GUAGUUGUACGCACAGUCACACACACACACACUCAACUGCUUCAGCUUGUUCUUGUUGGUUGACAGACACUUCCCUUGUCACACACAGUCCACAAGUCCAUGGGGAUGAGGAGGAACAAGGUUCACGAGUACGAGGCCGAUGCGCCCGCCGCCGAGCUAUGGGGACUCUACGGCACGCUCCGUGCGGCGGAGCUGCUGCCCGAACUUCUCCCGCAGGUGCUCUCCAAGAUAGAGCUCGUGAGCGGCGACGGCGAUGUCGGCACCAUCUUGCAGCUCACAUUUGCUCCAGGGAUCCCUGGCCUGGAGACAUACAAGGAGAAAUUCAUCAAGGUUGACAAUGAGAACUACAUCAAGGAAGCACAGACGAUCGAGGGAGACAUUCUGAAGCUCGGGUUCCUCUAUUACAUGGUCAGGUUCGAGAUCAUCGCCAAAGGACCCAGUUCUUCUUUGGUAAGAUCGACAAUUGUGUACGAGAUAGAUGAGGCAACCCACCCCCAUCUUGAAGCUAUGGUCAGCACCGGACCUCUGGCUGCAACUGCUGAGAAAUUUGAAGCAUACCUCAAGGAGCAGAAGACCGCUCAGAGCAAUUAAUUCUUGCAACAGCUCAGAGCAAACUUCAUCAAUGCUUCGAGAGAAAUAAUGUCUGAUUAUUCCACGUUGUGUGUUUUCCCUGAAAAAAUAAAUGACCAAUGAUCGAACAUAUUAGGAUAGUAUGUUUGAUCAUAUAUUUAUAUCACAUAGUUGAUAUAUAGUUAUUUCGUGGUCCAUGUACCUUACCUUUAUCAGUUUCAUGAAAAUGAAAUUGCGAGCCCUGAUGCUCCUUUUCUCGAAAAAAAUGUACCCUAACUUUUUCUCGUUAAUGAAGGUUUGAUUGAAAAA